AUGCCGUCAGUAACAGACCGGAGAGCCUACGAGGACCAAAUACCACCUUUCAUGACAGUGUUUGAUCUGGAUGCCGAGACCAUGGCCGACCAGGACACUGUCACCGUCGUUGACCCCAAGUUUGUCGAUCUGGAACCCAAGCGACCUGGCAUGAUGAGUGCCACUCAGCAUGGCCUCCGGCCGAGUAUGCUUCCCGCGGAUCCAACCCACAAGCACCAUGACAGCACCUCAACUCAAACCUCAGAGUCGGCCGACUCUUCCCCCACAACAACGCUGUCCACAACCGACUCUUCGCCUCUUUCAGACCCGUCUCCGUCCUCGUCCCCCGAUUCUCCGACAAACCUCAUUCCCCUCAAUAGCUUUCCCGCCACGAGCUUUGGCGCUCUUCCUGCUGCUAAUCCUACCAUGCUGCUCAGCGAGCCCCCGCGGCUACAGCGACCCAUGACUUCGCCCUCGCCGCGCCGGGCGCGCAACAUGAAGGGUCUGUCGAUCCAGCCCCCCUUUGCCAGCUCAACUGCGACGACGACCAUUUCCUUGGUUUCGGAACCUUCCUCGCCAUCAUUCAUCAAGCCGAUGAUCCCUGCGAUGAGGCGGAAGCCGAGCCAAUUGAGCCUCAAGACCAACACCUCCGACUUGAUCAGCAGGACAACACUCGAGGUUCCCCCCUCGCCAGGUAUGCCUAUGCUGCAGCGCCGCGCUCUCAAGCACUCGUGCUCCUCACCUCACAUGUCCUCGGGCCUCAAGUCGUCUACCUUUGGCCCACCCGGUGGUAUGACCUUUCCCAAGGUUCUUGAGCGGAACGAGUCUGGCCUGUCCGAGGUUCUGCGACCUACAAAGUCGAUCAUGAAGCCAUCGUUUGGUUCUGCAAUUACGGAAGAGGAUUCGCCAAUUCGAACCCAAAUGGCCAUCCGGGACGAUGAUCCCUACCGCGACAACGAAAACAACGAGGACAUGAAGACUCCAGGAUAUCCCGAUGGUCCGAUUGCCAUUUAUGGCGACAACGUCUACCUCUAUUCUGAACCAAACGCAGAUGAGGCUUCGCGGUUUGAUGUAGUCAUUAACUGCGCACGAGAAGUCCGAAAUCCUUUCGAGCUUCGCCAGUCUAUUCGGGACUCCCGAUCAACUUUUGAGCACUUCCGUUACUCGACUCCUGACGGCGGAAGCCCUGUUCCCGAUACUGCCAUUUCGACAGCCAGCUUCGCUACCGCUUUCGAGUAUUUCCCGGAAGAGGAAACUGCCGAGACGCCCACGACCCCCAAGGCAACUCACUUCAAGGAGCCCGAAUACAUCCACAUUCCCUGGGAUCACAACACCGACAUCGCACCGGAUCUGAUGAGACUGUGUGAGACCAUUGAGGAUCGUACCAAGGCUGGCUUGAAAGUUCUUGUUCACUGCCAGCAGGGCGCCAGUCGAUCAGCCAGUCUUAUUAUUGCCUACGGUCUCUACCAGAAGCCUGAGCUCACAGUCAACGAUGCUUACUAUGCGGCCCAGAGCAAGAGCCAAUGGAUCAGCCCCAAUAUGAAGCUCAUGUACUCGCUGCAGGAUUUCCAGAAGGAGGUCUCUGAAAAGCGAUCUGGACCACCCGCUCAUCGCCCCCGUACUGGCCGUACGCCUACGAAGCACCGACUAACUCUGUCAGCCGAUGCUAUUGAUAUUAGCCCCAAAACACCCCAGACAGCGCCUCUGCCUACGCAUGCUGAGGAUGUGAAGGAAACCCAGUUCAGCCCGAGCCCGAACCGGCUCAGAGGGAACUCAACCCCCGGCUUACUUGCCGUUUCACCAGGCCCAGCUUCUGCACCACCUACCUGUACAUGGAUGGAAGAGGUUGAGCAGCAGACUUCGGAACAAUUGGCCCCCUUCCAGCUUGGAGGUCUUCCCCAGCGGCCCAAGUCAGGACACGGCAGAUCACCACCAACCCUGGCACCGCCGCCUACUCUCGCUCUGGCCCCGGCACCUAGUCUGGGUUCUGAUAUGAUGCCACCACCCACUCCGGGAUUCCCGUCUCAGUCAAGCUUUGGCUUCCAAAGCAUGACGUUCCCCAGGUUCAACUCACCACCUUCGAUCAAGUCAGAGAGCACCAAGUACGACGAUGCUCCUGUCACGAGAACAAUCACCCUGCCAGGAUCUUUCCCUGAUGACGAGGCUCUUCUAUCCCCACGGGUCGAGACGAUGACCAAUAACCCACUCCACGAGGUUGGCGAAGUUGCAGGCAUGCGGUUUGUCGAGUGCCCACCAACCCCCAGCCAGAGCCUCUUCUCCCCUCGAGCGGGAAUGUUCCCUCGCGACCCAUUCUCGACGUUCGGAAGCCCUGCAGUGGUGGUAGACCCCCGGAGCCCCCCAACAAGAGGCGAGGCACCCAUUAUCCGGUCAAUCGACGAUCUACUAUGAUCGAGCUUAGUCAAUAUGGACUCGGCUUGACCCUAACCCGUGUUGGAAAAACGGACGUCCGACUCGGCGUUGACAGGUUCCCCUCAAGGGGGACUCAGUCCGCUUACUUUCGCUUAUAUCCCUUGUAUUCGCCAUAUAUCUCACCCUCACUAUUCGACGACACAAUCACGGCAUUUUCAGGCGUUUUUGCAGGCAGGGGUGAACUGCUCCCUGUACCCACGGCCGGUCAUUGUUGGACCGGACGCACGACGACACGCAAAUAUCUCACUCAAACAAGCAAUCUUCUUUGUUACCGCCAUCAUCGAUCGAUCGACUCAUUAACCAGUCCAUCAAUCAACCAAUCAAUCGCUACCUUCUGCAACCCCUCCUACUUUCGUUUUUCAGCAAAGCACAGCGCAAGGCGUCGGACGGUUCCACCUCCAUCGGUGUCGACAUUGUCUUUCUGAAUCAGAAGGAAGACGUUAGUGUAAUAUAGACAAAAGACUUGGGUGUCGUUUUGUCACAUUUUGUUUCCUUUUUUAAAACAAAACUCGUUUCUUUGUUCUCAUUGGUUUUUUUUUUCUUUGCUUUGUUGAGCUUGGACAACAAAAACGGGAGUGGCGUAUGGCUCAGGAAACCCUUCCCUUUGACCCAUGGAAAGGGCUCAAAUACCCAGCUAAGGGAGGGGGGGGGAUGGAAACAUGACGAUGGAUGGAUGGGAAAGACGGGCCUCUGCUAUCUUGGGUUCUAGCAGGGAGGGAGUUUUUGGAAUUGAAGGAUAUCUUAACUAGUUGAAGCAGGUGGUUCGAGAAAUCACAUACCUAGCUAGGUGAAAGCACAAAAGAUUCUCC